GUUUUCGUUUUUAGUUUUCAUUUGCUUAUUCGGUCGUCGACCAAGAUGACUUCCCGAAAAAUGUUACUGGCUGAAAGUGCUUCUUUAAUUGAUAUUAAAGUAAAUUUAGUUAAGAACCGUUUAUGGGUUCACGAAAUAAAUAAGCAUAGGCUAUCUGAAGGGGAAUUUCAUACACUAUUCAGUAAAUUAAAAAAUCAUCCAGUCAAAUUUUUUGAGUACUGUCGCAUGAGUGAACCUACUUUUUAUAUAAUUUUGGAAGCUAUAAGAAGCGAAAUCGAAAAAGAAGACACCAACUUCCGAAGAGCAAUACCUGUAGAAGAAAGGCUAUUUCUUACAUUGAGGUAUUUAUCAACUGGAUGCAGUUUCAGAAGCUUAGCUUUUACUUUUCGUAUGGGUAAAACAAGUGUUGCGAGAAUUGUAGUGGAGACAUGUGAAGCUAUUUGGAACAAAUUGUCUACAGAUUAUAUACCGGAACCAACGAGUGAUGACUGGAAAGCGAAUGCAAAUGAUUUUUGUACUAAAUGGAACUUUCCUAAUUGCCUCGGAAGUAUAGAUGGCAAACAUAUACGAAUCGACCAACCUCAACAUUUUGGGUCGAUGUAUUACAAUUAUAAACAUUUUUUUUCAAUAAAUUUAUUUGCGAUUUCCGACGCUAAUUAUAAGUUUAUAGCAGUGGACAUUGGUGCAUAUGGUAGAGAAAGUGAUGGUGGAGUUUUAAGAAAUUCAGUAUUUUUCAAAAAACUCCAACAAAAUCAACUAAAUAUUCCAGAAGAUGUGGAACUACCCAAUACCAACAUUAAAGCACCAUAUACAUUUAUAGGUGAUGAAGCGUUCCCCCUUUUAACAAAUUUAUUACGACCUUAUCCUGGAAAGCAACUUUUGAAUGACCAAAAAAAGAAAAUAUUUAAUUACAGACUAUCAAGAGCCAGGCGUACGGUUGAAAAUUCAUUUGGAAUUUUAUCGUCAAAGUGGAGGAUAUUAAACAAGGCAAUUGAAACAAACGUUGAGCACGCCAUCACAAUUACAAAGGCAGUAUGUGUUUUGCACAACUUAGUAUUGAAACACGAUCAACUAAGCAAUCCAAUUGAUAAUUUGGAAGAACAUACGACUAUAUUCAAGAACACUGUAGGUAGACAAAAUAAUAGAUUUGGAAGAUUAGCAAAAGAUUCAAGGGAACUAUUCACUGAAUAUUUUAGUAGUGAGGCUGGUUCUGUUCCUUGGCAAUUGGACUAUAUAUAAAUGCUUCAUUUUAAAUAUUUUACUACCUACAUAUUCUACUAUAAUUAUUUAUUUUGUAAUUUUAAAAUGUAUACUUUGUAUUUAGUAUUGAAAUAAAUAUGCU